UCGCUGGCGAGGAUGAAUUAGUGGAUGGGUGGCCGCGUUGGCUUGUGAAUAAUAUACCAAAAGAAGUUCUCGCUGGUUUGGUUCCCAAGAGUGCCGAUUCAUAUGUUAAGAUCGAUAAGAUUGGUCAAGGCACAUAUAGCAAUGUCUACAAAGCCCGGGAUAGGGAUACUGGGAAGGUUGUUGCUCUAAAAAAAGUUCGUUUUGAUACAGCAGAAUCUGAGAGUGUUAAAUUUAUGGCCAGAGAGAUUAUGAUACUACAGAAGCUGGACCAUCCUAAUGUUCUUAAGCUUGAAGGCCUUGCCACAUCAAGAAUGCACUUCAGCAUUUAUUUAGUGUUUAAUUUCAUGCAAUCUGAUUUAACUAGAGUUAUCUCUCGCCCUGGUGAACGGCUUACUGAACGACAGAUUAAAUGUUACAUGCAUCAGCUGCUAUCUGGUCUUCAGCAUUGUCAUGAGAGAGGGAUCUUACAUAGGGACAUUAAAGGAUCUAACAUUUUGAUAGAUAAAGAUGGUGUGUUGAAAAUAGGUGACUUUGGCCUUGCAAAUUAUUACAAUCCCAACCAAAAACGACCUCUUACCAAUAAGGUUGUAACCUUGUGGUACAGAGCUCCUGAAUUGCUUUUAGGUUCUACAGACUACGGGGUUGGUAUUGACCUUUGGAGUGCAGGGUGCCUUUUGGCUGAGAUGUUUUUGGGGCGACCUAUCAUGCCGGGAAGGACGGAGGUUGAACAACUACACAGAAUAUUUAAAUUGUGUGGUUCUCCCACUGGGGACUAUUGGAGAAAAUUGAAGCUGUCGGCAAACUUUUUACCUCCACAACCCUAUAAAUCUUGUAUUUUAGAGACCUUUAAAGAUCUUCCUUUGUCUACUAAAAAUUUUCUAACCGUUCUUCUUACGCUAGAGCCCUACAAUCGUGGUACAGCAGCUUCUGCUCUUCAAAGUGAGUUUUUCUGCACGGAACCCCUAGCUUGUGAUCGUUCAGGUCUUCCUGUUUUUCCAAACAAGGAAGAGGAUGAGACAAAAUUGCAUCGUGAACGAAAAAAACACAUAUCUUCUGGGCGGAAGAAACAACAUUUUGAAGAAAUUCAGGAGCAAAAACGGCAGGAUCAAGCUUUGGACGUUCUAAGUGUUUAUUCUGCAUCCCCUAACAAGAUCGAGAAAGCUGAACUGCUGGAGCAUCACCAAAAAGAUGGAAGAAGUACUGAGGGCACUUUCUCGGCUACGAAGCCUGAAGAUGAUCAUUCCAGCCCACUUAUUACCUUCUCUCCUUCACCCUUGAAGCAGCAACAGCUAUCACGACACGAUGAAAUCCUUAUUUCAGACACAAAGCUAAAUUCAAACUGUGCCGAACAGCCAAAAAAUGCCAGUCAUCCCCAUGGCUUCGAGAGGUCCAGUUCUUCAUCCGGGGUCUACAGAUAUUCUGGGCUUGAUAACGGCAAUGUUAAUGGGCAACCGGUAGAUUUCGUUCGCCGCUACGGUCUGGUGAAGAGGUCUAACUCAACCUCAGAAUUCAUUAGUUUUUCUGCAGAGUGGAGGCCUAAAUAUACAAUUGUUGACUGAAUUUUAUUGCACUUUUCACCAAAGUUGUGCUGAUAAUUAUCUAUUUAUUUGUGUAAAUGAAACUAUUUCUAAUAGUUAAAAGUAAGCAAAGUGCUUGAUGAAUCAGAAGAUUGGAAGCUUGAGGAACAGUUUUGAUAGUUUUGGUUGCAUUCCAUGUGGUAUUU